AUUGAUAAAUUUCAAAAAUUUCAAUUCUAAAUUUUAUCAAAUUAUUAAAAUCUAUUUUACAUAUCUUUGUAAUUAUUUUAAAAAAAUUAAAAGAACUUAUUUAUCCAUCAAAUAUUUUAUAAAAUAUCUCACUCAUGCACGAAUUAUUACUUUUUUUUAAUAAACAACGAAAAUUUUAAUUUCUAAAUAGCUGAGGCCAGCUAUCUAUAAUAUUGGUUUGAAAAAUAUAAAUCAUCUUCGUUUUGAACUGAUAAUCUUAAAAAUUAAAAAGUCACGCUCUUGAAACCAUAAGAAACCGUCUACAUAGUAUGGUAGCUAGUAUCAAUACUAUAUAUAUAGUAUCAAAGAAUCAAAACCAAACAUAUAUUGAAAUUUCCAAGGAAAAUUCAUAUGUCACUAUUUUGUGGACCGCCAUAAUAAACCAAACAGUAUUAUAAUAACCCGUUAUAGUCAAAGAAAAGUCAUAUGAAACAAAGGAAAAAAAAAGUCAUUUUAUACACAACAUAUUGCAAUAUGUUCAAUUAAUACCAACUUAUAGAUGUGUUAAAAUUUAUCUGAAUUUUCAAAAAAUUCAAAUAACAUACCUAAUAUUUAUUUUCUUAACCAAUCAUAUAUCAAUCGCCACAUCAGCUAAUUUUGCUGAAUUGGAUGAUUCGUCAGCUACUUUUGCUGACGAAGAUCCCACAUGUAGAUUUUUUUUAAAAAUAGUAGUUUUGUAAAAAGAAUUUUUAGAAAAUGUAAAAUUUUAUAAAAUUUUAUUAUUUAGUGAAAUUAACAAAAUAAUUAAAUAAUUAAAUUUUAAUUUUAUAUAAGAGAUAGAUUUGUAUAUGUUUUGAUCAUAUCACAAUACCAUUCUGAUAAGAGUUAUAUAUGUGUUGUAAUUAUUUAAAUUCAAUUCUAGUAUUGCAGUCGUGUUACUCUCGAUUAAUUAUGGUUGUGUUUAUAUUAAAAAUUAUGAUAUGUUAAUCUAAAUUCUUGAAAUAUAAAUAACAUAUCCAUAAUUAAUUAUGGUUGUGUUUAUUUAAAAUAUUUAUGAUAUAUUAAUAUAAAUUGUUUAAAUGUAAAUAAGAUACUCAUUGAUUAAUCAAGAGUAACACACUGCAACAGUAGUAUUGAAUUUGAUACACUACAACAUAUAUAACUCUUAUAAGGAAGGUAUUAUGAUAUGAUCGACACAUUUACGAUAUAUUUCUUAUAUAAGAUUAAAAUUUAAUUAUUUAGUUAAUUUUUGUUAGUUUUACUAAAUAAUAAAAAAUUAUAAAUUUUAGAUUUUCUCUAAAAAUAGUUUUAUAAAAUGAUUAUUUUAUUUUUUCAAAAAAAUGUGCAUGCGAUGUGUUAACUGAUGCGACGACUAAGUUAUAAUUUGACCAAAAAAGAAACAUUAGAUAUGUUAUUUGUAAUUUUUGAAAUUUUUUUAUGCUUUAGCACGAGCAUAUAAAUUAAGUAUGAAUUGAAUAUAUUAUGAUAUGUUAGGUAUGAAAAUAACGUUUUCGGUGAAACAAAGUAUCCCUUAAAAAAAGCUUGACGUGGUAUGCAAUGAUUCAAAAACUCCUAGAGUCGACAUUCAAAACAUAUCCAUAAUUAAUUAUGGUUGUGUUUAUUUAAAAUAUUUAUGAUAUAUUAAUAUAAAUUGUUUAAAUGUAAAUAAGAUACUCAUUGAUUAAUCAAGAGUAACACACUGCAACAGUAGUAUUGAAUUUGAUACACUACAACAUAUAUAACUCUUAUAAGGAAGGUAUUAUGAUAUGAUCGACACAUUUACGAUAUAUUUCUUAUAUAAGAUUAAAAUUUAAUUAUUUAGUUAAUUUUUGUUAGUUUUACUAAAUAAUAAAAAAUUAUAAAUUUUAGAUUUUCUCUAAAAGUAGUUUUAUAAAAUGAUUAUUUUAUUUUUUCAAAAAAAUGUGCACGCGAUGUGUUAACUGAUGCGGCGACUAAGUUAUAAUUUGACCAAAAAAAAACAUUAGAUAUGUUAUUUGUAAUUUUUGAAAAAAUUUUAUGCUUUAGCACGAGCAUAUAAAUUGAGUAUAAAUUGAAUAUAUUAUGAUAUGUUAGGUAUGAAAAUAACGUUUUCAGUGAAACAAAGUAUCCCUUAAAAAAAGCUUGACCUGGUAUGCAAUGAUUCAAAAACUCCUAGAGUCGACAUUCAAAACAUGCACUCAUUAUUUAAAUUUGUUUCCUUAUUUUAAGGCAUAAACCCCAUCCGCAUAUAUAUAUAUAAAUAGACACACAUAGGCCAUCAACAUUUAUCACUUGAACCAAUCGUGAGCCAAGUAUAUAGAAUCAAACCCACCCACCCCACCCCCCCCCCCCCCCCCCCCCAAAAAAAACACACUCACACAAAUGGAUUACAUUCUGUUUUUAUUGCCAUUCGUAUUGCUUAUACUAGCUUACAAAUUCUUAAUCUCAUCCAAAACGCAGAGUUUCAAUCUCCCACCAGGACCAACUCCGUUUCCCAUCGUCGGCAACCUCCACCUCGUGAAACCGCCUGUACACCGUCUCUUCCGCCGCUUCGCAGAAAAAUACGGUGACAUCUUCUCCCUCCGCUACGGCUCUCGCCAAGUCGUCGUGAUCUCUUCUUUGCCCCUUGUCAAAGAAUGCUUCACUGGUGACAAUGACGUCAUUCUAACAAACAGGCCGCACUUUCUGACGGCCAAGUACGUCGCCUACGACUACACCACGAUCGGAACCGCACCUUACGGCGACCAUUGGCGUAAUCUCCGCCGUAUAUGCUCUCUUGAGAUUCUUUCUUCUAACCGCCUCACAGGGUUCCUCUCCGUUCGUAGUGACGAGAUACGACGGCUGCUCACGAAACUCUCACGUGACUAUAAUGGCCGUGUCGUUGAGCUUGAGCCCCUUCUUGCAGAUUUGACGUUCAAUAAUAUUGUCCGUAUGGUCACAGGGCGACGCUACUACGGAGACCAGGUUCACAACAAGGAGGAAGCGAAUCUAUUCAAGAAACUAGUUACGCAGAUCAACGAUAAUAGUGGUGCAAGCCAUCCAGGAGAUUAUCUACCGAUUCUUAAAGUGUUCGGACACAGCUACCAGAAGAAAGUGAAAGCACUCGGCGAAGCCAUGGACACUUUCUUGCAGCGUCUGCUCGACGAUUGCCGAAGAGAUGGAGAGAGCAACACAAUGCUUAGUCAUUUGCUGUCUUUACAACAUGAACAACCUAAGUAUUACAGUGACGUCAUCAUCAAAGGCCUCAUGCUUAGUAUGAUGCUUGCGGGAACGGAUACUGCAGCCGUGACGCUAGAAUGGGCAAUGGCUAAUUUGUUGAAAAACCCUGAAGUGUUGAAAAAGGCAAAAGCCGAGAUAGAUGAUAAAAUUGGACAAGAACGUUUGGUCGACGAGCCAGACAUUGUGAAUCUCCCUUAUCUCCAAAACAUAGUUCUCGAGACUUUCCGGUUGUGUCCGGCCGCACCACUUCUUGUACCCCGUUCUCCUUCUGAAGAUAUCAAGAUUGGAGGAUACGACAUGCCGCGUGGCACAAUCGUACUAGUGAACUCUUGGGCCAUCCACAGAGACCCGAAGCUAUGGGAUGAACCUGAGAGGUUCAUGCCAGAGCGUUUUGAAGACAAAGCAGCUGCGAACGCUAAUAAGCUUAUGAUGUUUGGGAACGGACGAAGGACUUGUCCUGGUGCAGCUUUGGGGCAGAGGAUGGUGUCCCUAGCUUUAGGGUCGUUGAUUCAAUGCUUUGACUGGGAGAAAGUCAACGGUGAGGACAUUGAUAUGACCGAGAAUCCGGGAAUGGCUAUGCGUAAGCUCGUGCCGUUACGAGCUGUUUGCCAUCAGCGUUCAAUUAUGACUAAUGAUUUGGCUUAAGAUGACACUAUGUAUAAUCCACUUGGUUCACUAUUUGAAGAUUGCUGCGGACCAAUUAUUUUAUAUAUUUUUAUUUGUUUUUAAAUAUUGUAUGAUUGUUCUAGUUCUAGUGAUGAAAAUAAUUAUAAGAAAAUGUAAGGAUUUUUUUUUAAUAUAAAUUUAACUGAAACUAAAA